AGACAUUUCCUUCCAUUCUUACGGUGGUCUGGUUCUAUAAGCCACCAGCGGCACACUGAAGCAAAAUAACUCACCGUCAAAAAAUUCAAUCGACAAUGAAACUCUCUUUCUCAAUUCCAAAAUCAUCGUCCAAAUCAACGCCCAAACCUAAACCCUUAACCUCUUCUGAAAUUGAUUUUACAACACAAAACAACGGUAAUGGCACUGUCAAACAAUUCGUCACCCAAUUUGAUCCAUCUGAAACCCUAAACCUAAAUUCUAAACCCAAAUACAUUAUCCCUCCAAAGGAGAAUGAAUGGCGUCCUCACAAACGAAUGAAGAACCUGGACCUUCUUCCUUCUCUAAAGUCGGACUCUGAUGGCCCCCAAUUCGAGAUUUCCACUGGUGGUCUUGACGGCGGUGACGACAAGAGUAUUCCUUACGGUCUCAGUAUCCGCCAGCAGAGCGGCGGCGAUGGUGAAGAUGGAGGUUUGCGAGCUGAGCGGAAGGUGGAGAAUACUGAGAAUAUGCUGUUGGAGAAGUUGAAGUAUGAUCUACAACGGUUGCCGGAGGAUCGUGGGUUUGAGGAGUUUAAAGAUGUGCCUGUUGAAGGGUUUGGUGCGGCUUUGCUUGCCGGGUAUGGUUGGAAGGAAGGUAGAGGUAUUGGUAGAAACGCGAAGGAAGAUGUUAAAGUGAAAGAAUACAAGAAAAGAACUGCAAAAGAAGGGUUAGGAUUUGUUGCUACCGGUUUUGAUGAUGCUAAUAAAAGUGUUAAGGAUAAAGACAAGCAAAAGGAGAGGAAAAGAGAAGAACAUCGGGAUGCUAAUAAUGAUGGUAAAGAUGGUUUCUUUCUUGGUAAAGAUGUGAGAGUGAUUUCUGGCGGAAGAGAUGUUUUUGGCUUAAAGGGCAGGAUUUUGAAGAGGGUAAAUGAUGAUUGGGUUGUUUUGAAGGUUGGAGAAAGUAAGGAGGUGAAAGUGUCUGUUUCUGACAUUGCUGAUUUGGGGUCUAAAGAAGAGGAGAAGUGCUUGAGAAAGUUAAAGGCUUUAAAGAUAGAAACCAAGCCAACAAAGAAUAGGGACAAUGAAAAGAGUAUUAGAAGAGAGAGUGGUCAAGUGAAAGAUGACAGACAGCGGUGGCUGAGGAAUCACAUUCGGGUUAGGAUUAUAAGUAAAGACUUGAAAGGAGGCAGAUUUUAUUUGAAGAAAGGAGAGGUGGUGGAUGUUGUUGGUCCGUAUGUGUGUGAUAUAUCCAUGGAUGAGACCAAGGAGUUGGUACAAGGAGUGGAUCAGGAUCUUCUUGAGACUGCAUUGCCUCGUCGUGGGGGUCCUGUACUUGUUCUAUAUGGCAAAUAUAAAGGGGCGUAUGGGAAUUUAGUUAAAAGGGAUUUGGAUGAAGAAACUGGUGUUGUGCAGGAUUCUGAUACACAAGAAUUGCUCAAUGUUAAGCUUGAACAAAUUGCAGAGUAUGUUGGGGAUCCCAGCUACAUUGGGUAUUGAUGCUACUGGAGACUUUACAAGAUCCCAUUUGAGCAUGGGAAGCAGCAAUCAAGGACACCCUCGACCUGAUUUCAUAGCCGGAACUUAUUCAAUGAAGUUUGGGAGUGAAGCAUGCAGAAUCAAGGACAACACGCCAAGUCUCUGAGGCGAUGCCGGUCAUUAACAUUUGCUGACAAAAAGUAUUAACGUAAAUCUUCUCUAUGUACAAAAUUGUACGUUGGAGAUUCAUUAAACUCUGUUAUCUAUCUCCAAAUGCCACCAGUCAACCCCAAAAUUACAAGUUUGUUGUCAUCAUUCCUGUAUAUUUUUUUGCUCAUCAAAUGGGUCUCUAUUUUUUCACACUUCAAAGUACCAUGUAUUAAUUUAAAAAUUAAACUAAUAUAUCUUGUAGAUUUUCUUCUUC